UUUUAGACGAGUGUCGAAUCUGAGUCGUCGUCACCAUCUCGAGCAGUUUGAACAGUUUGCACCAGCUGUCUGCCGCCCCCUCCCAACCCAGACAGUCUUCUGCCCCAGCAUGAAUGAAGUCGGCGUUGUGAGAGAGGGAUGGCUCCACAAGAGAGGUGAGUACAUUAAAACCUGGAGACCUCGUUAUUUCAUCCUAAAGAGUGACGGGUCCUUCAUCGGCUACAAAGAGAAGCCCGAAGUGUCCAGCGAUCACAGCCUGCCACCUCUCAACAACUUUUCCGUCGCAGAAUGUCAGCUGAUGAAGACAGAGCGACCCAGGCCCAAUACGUUUGUUAUCCGCUGCCUCCAGUGGACGUCAGUCAUUGAGCGCACCUUCCACGUAGACAGCAACGAAGAGAGGGAAGAAUGGAUGCGAUCGAUCCAGGCAGUGGCAAACAGCUUGAAGAGCCAGCAGCAGGACGAGGAGCCCAUGGAGAUCAAAUUUGGCUCGGCGAGUGACAGCAGUGGCACAAUGGAGAUGGAGAUCGCCGUGUCCAAAUCUCGCUCAAAAGUGCAGACCAUGAGUGAUUUCGACUACCUUAAGCUCCUGGGCAAAGGGACGUUUGGCAAAGUGAUCCUGGUGAAGGAGAAGGCUACGGGCAUGUACUACGCCAUGAAAAUCCUCCGUAAAGAAGUCAUCAUUGCAAAAGAUGAGGUAGCGCACACGGUAACAGAGAGCAGAGUCCUGCAAAACACGCGGCAUCCCUUUCUCACAACACUAAAAUAUGCUUUUCAAACAAACGAUCGUCUAUGCUUUGUGAUGGAGUAUGCAAAUGGGGGAGAACUCUUCUUUCACUUAUCCCGGGACAGAGUCUUCACAGAAGACAGGGCCCGAUUCUAUGGUGCAGAAAUAGUAUCGGCACUGGAGUAUCUACACUCAUGCAAUGUAGUUUACAGGGAUUUAAAGCUGGAAAAUCUCAUGUUGGAUAAGGAUGGCCACAUAAAGAUAACAGAUUUCGGCCUGUGCAAAGAAGGCAUCACAGACGGCGCCACCAUGAAAACCUUCUGUGGGACUCCUGAGUACCUGGCACCUGAGGUACUUGAGGACAACGACUACGGUCGCGCUGUGGACUGGUGGGGUCUGGGCGUGGUCAUGUACGAGAUGAUGUGUGGCCGCUUGCCCUUCUACAACCAGGACCACGAGCGACUCUUUGAACUCAUCCUCAUGGAGGAAAUCCGCUUCCCCAAGAACCUGGCACCUGAAGCCAAGGCGCUGCUGGCAGGCCUGCUCAAAAAGGAUCCCAAGCAGAGGCUCGGAGGCGGACCUGACGAUGCCAAAGAAGUGAUGACUCACAAGUUCUUCACCUCCAUCAACUGGCAGGAUGUCUUAGAGAAGAAGCUCGUCCCACCUUUCAAACCCCAGGUCACCUCGGAGACGGACACGAGAUACUUUGACGACGAGUUCACAGCACAAACCAUCACAAUAACUCCACCAGACAAGUAUGACAGUUUAGACCCCGAGGACUCAGAUCAGCGUACACACUUCCCUCAGUUCUCCUACUCUGCCAGCAUACGAGAAUAGUGGCUCAGACCUUUGACCAAGCAGGCAGCAGGCAUGCUAACACACAACCCAAAUCUCACAUUUGCACUUGCACUGCUGAGGACAAAUCGAAUGACACAUGCACACACACUAACUGGCACAAGACACAUUUUCAUCUGCUCUUUUACCCAACGCCCCUUUCCCCGCUCAUCCAACAUGCACACACACACACACACACACACACACACACAGACCAGCAGAGAAUCAUGUACACAAUGAACAUGCAGGCUGUGAAUUUGCAAUUUUGCGAGUGAUGGACCUCAGCGGGGUUUUACGAGAACAGGCGGACAACUUCAUCUCCGUACAUCCUCUCAGGGGCACCCCGGCUGCAGUACACUGGGCACACUUUGAAACCAGGUUCUGCCAGCAAGUACCAGCUCGAUACCAGCCGUAGACACACAGCCCUGACGCUUAGACUGCAUCUUGCAUACACAUGUUAUGCAUACAGUUUUUUUUUUAAUCAAAAAUUAGAAUGAUGGAAAAGAUUGGGUGAUAAUUGACCAAUUUUAACUUCCUCGAUUGUUACAGUUUUAAAUAUGAAGCCAUAUUUCUGCUAUUUCUUUUUUUUUUUUUUUUUUUUUAAAUAAGUGCUCUUUCUGGAACUUGCUGUUACAAAUCGUGCGUGUGCGCGUGUGAGAGAGAGAAAGAGAGACAGACACAAAGAGAGGAGAGGAUAUGGUUGCCAUUUUUUGUGUACGCAUUGCAUGUGUCACUUCCGAAUGAGCGUGUGAGAGAACAGUUUUUGUUUCACAUCCAUCCAUUUUGUCCGUUUUCAUGGAUGCUGGAAAGUCGGGCAAGCAAGGACACUACACAGUGAUGGCCUUCUAAAGGGAACAAACCUGUUAUUUAUGAAAAAGUAACUUGCAUGGCUCUUAAAUUAUAUGGCUUAAAAAGAAAACGUAGCUGUGUGUCACACUCACAGUCACUAUGGCCAAGUUCAAGGCCACUCGCCCAGUACGUUAGGAGAGGCAACUUGACCCCAGCAAUUCACCACCAUCAGUCCAGUCAUCUUCACUGCCAGGCGUACUAAUCAAUGACGCCUUUUACAUCUGUGUUUUACCAGGUCCCUUCUCCCACAUUGAUAUUCUGUAUAAACAACACCGGCAUGGAAUCGCGGUCUACCCAGCAAUUUUCUUCCUUGCGUCGCAUCAGAGCCAUAACAUGGGUGUGACACCACAUACGUUUGUUUCUGUCGGGAAAAAACCUGCAGUUGUGCUGAAAGCAAUUAUCGCCGACUGACAAGUUUUCUUGAUCAUCGCACCAGACACAGGAGCUGUUGCAGGCAAUGGCCUGCUUCACUGGGUUCUGUAUAAAAGGUAAAUGCAGAUCAAAGUAAGAUCUGCUGUAAGGGCUCUGAUGCAGAUAUUUUUGCAGGAUCUCUGUGUAGAAGAGCCUCAUUUCGGCAGAUGUAUAAUUUAGUCACGUCAGGUUCUAGCCAGAUUUUAUAUGAAAUUGUGUUCAUAUUCAUUUUGGAGAACAUGCUGGCUAAAAUUUGUUUUUUGCUAAAGGAAAAUCAAUUUGUU